UCAGCAAGAAAACGCGCCCAUAUUUCCUACAGGAAGAGGCUGUUGUUCUUGUUUUCUCCGCGGCUGAGAAUUGCGAUUUAAACUGCUCGUGCCGAGUUUUAGCCCGAAGCUCAAAGGCCAGAAUUUGAACAAUUCCACCCCAGUCUGCGGCUGCGGCGCCCAAUCUUUGGAAGGAGUUCGCACAGAUUGGGGAAAAAUAAAUCCACCGAAGUGCACAACUGGAGCCAACACAAAGCAACGUAUCUCUUCCAAUGAAGCCAGAGGCCACAGGAACAGAAAAUUCAGAUGAGGUGCAAGAGGAAGUACCUGACAAGUCUGGACAGCCACAAGAAGGAGGAGUCAGUGAUACCCAAAGCACACUUUUUCUCCUUGAUUGUGUAAAACGGUACUGGAACCAAUAUAGCGGUAGCCAUCGGAGUCAGAUGUUUAACAAGAUCCACCAGGACUUUGAGUCCUGUGGUUACAAUGUUCCAGUCGACAAGCUUCGGAAGAAAUGGAACAAUUUAAUUGUGACCUACAAACGUGCCAAGAACAGAAUCCGGGAAUCUGGACAUGCCAAAAUUACAUGGGAACAUUUUGAGGCAAUGGACAGUCUGUUGUCAAAGAAAAUGGGCCUCUCCCCACCUGAAGGUACCAUAAUCAAAAGCAGCCUUUUCCCAAUCGAAUCUUCCUCGGCUACUUUUCAAACUCCUGAAUCUACCCAUGGGUCAGUGCCAUUGUCUUCAGUUUCUCUGUCAGUGGCGUCAGAAACUACUCAGCCUCCCACUUCUACUUCGUCAGUCUUCUUCAUUCUUCCUCAAGCCCAUGCCAAGACUGCACCGGUUAUUGCCACUCCAGUUAUCACCACCACUCCACCUGUAACCACACUUCCCCAGCAAUUCCCUCCUAAAAAGAAGGCCAGAAAAGACUUUACUGCCGCCGCCGGAACAUUCCUUCUGAACCAGGGGGAUCAGGGAGAAAGACGCACAAAACUCCUGGAGACGUUAAUAGAAACCAAUGAACUAAGGCGUGAAACGGAUUACCAGAUUAAAAGGAGAAGUGAGCAAAGGGAAAGUCGACGAGAAAAACGAGAGGCGGAGAUGCUCAAGACACUCAAAGAGUUGUCUGCUAAACAGGACAGGGUCAUUGAACUUCUUGAACAAAUUAUCCAGAAUAAGUAAUUUUAUCCCCACCCAGGACACUUACUUUUGGUGUUUUGUUCCCCCCAUUAUAGAAGCUUAUUGUAAUAUAAAGCUGCUGUUUAGGAUGCAAAUAAAAAGUCUGAUGCCAGAAAA